AUGGCCGCAUGGGCAGAGAUGGGACUGUUUCAAACACGUGGAGAGCGACGCCAGCACGACACUAGGACGACGCUGGGACGAUGCCGGGACGGCACUGGAACGUUGCCUGGAAGGGGCCGGUGCGCUCCAGCUACGCACCAUUUAAUGUUACUCGUUAUCGCGUCACAAAAAGGAAAUUCUAUUUAUAAACGGCAGGAAAACAAUAAAUUUCAUGAA